AUGACCAAAGACCUUUUCAGACACACAUCCUACGUCUCACGUCUCCAAAACCUCCAGAAACUGGACAGCUCCUCCAAACGGACCCUCCUCUGCUCCAUCGCCACCGACAUCACAGCCACCUUCAUCUGCAUCUCCAAACACAUCGAAAAUGGCACUCUGAGCGAUGAACACACCGGCUCCAUCGAGGGCGUCAUCGACAUCAUCAAAGGAACUGAGGUUUCGCAGCGCCGGAUGCUGGAGCGGAAGGUGAAGCGGUAUGCGCGACUGGCGCGACGGCUGAAGAUCGAGAGAGAAUGGAUGCGGAGGGAGUUUGGGAAGUUGGUGAAGCGUGCAGAUGCAGUGAAUGGGCGGUGGCGGGAGAGAGUGCGGAAUCUAGAGGUGGUAAAUAAGGCGAUGAUGAGGGAGUUGGUGGUGAAGGGCAGGCAGAAUGAGAUGCUCAAAAUGGGGAUGGAUAAGGGGGAUGAGCGUCAGGCCGGCAGGGAGACAGCAAAGGCGACCGAGGAUGAGAUGUGUGUGUCAGAGUGUGAGUGUGAGUAUCCCUGGUGA